AUGGAAACAUUAUAUGAAAAUAUACCUAGUGAUUUUGAAUCCAUUGAUGGAUUGUGUGAUUCUGAGGAUGAAGAUGUUGAUAUUUCUGAUGUUGAGACUAGAAUAAAUCACGAUGUGGAGCUUUCAGAAGAAAGUGACGUUGGAAUGGAUAGUGUUGAUGACAGUGACAAUGAAUCAAAUGAAAUUCUUACAGUACGAUUAGCAAAUUCAGAUGGAAUUUGGGAAAAAAAAUCAAGAUCAAAAGAUGACACCCCUUUCACUACAAAUUCUGGUCCAAAUAUUCCGGAUUCAGCCAAAACUCCGUUGGAUAUUUUUUUGUGUUUAUUUCCUAAUGAACUUAUAGAAUUGAUUGUUCAUCAAACUAAUCUUUAUAGUGCUCAAAUAGAGAAGAAGCCGUUCAAUGUUGUUACAAAGGAUGAAAUAUUGAAAUUCUUAGGUUUGAACAUUUUUAUGGGUGUAAAGAAACUGCCAUCCUAUCGUGAUUUUUGGUCAAGAAAUGAACUGCUCCAUGACACAUAUGUCUCAAACGUAAUGACUGUCAUCCGCUUUGGAUACUUAUUAUCUCAUUUUCACCUAAACGACAAUUCAAAUGAACCAAAGAAGGGGCAGCCAGGAUUUGAUAAGUUAUAUAAAAUCAGACCUUUACUCGAUAAACUAUCUGAAACUUUCAAAACCUGCUACAAACCAAAUCAGUACCAAUCAAUCGACGAAAGUAUGAUUCGCUUCAAAGGAAGGAGUUCAUUGAAACAAUACAUGCCGAUGAAGCCCAUAAAACGUGGCUAUAAGGUUUGGGUACGUGCAGAUGAAAGUGCUUUUGUGUGCGAGUUUCAGGUUUACGUAGGAAAAUCAGAUAAUAAUCAGUCGGAGAAGUCAUUAGGAUCAAGGGUGGUGAAAGAUCUAACUCGAACAAUUGUCGGAGAUAAUCACCGAGUAUUCUUCGAUAAUUUUUUUACCAGUACUGAACUUAUGAUUUCCUUGAAGACUGAAAAUAUUAUGGCAUGUGGAACUGUAAGAAGCAACAGAGUCGGUUUACCCAAGACACAAAAGAAAGAUAAGGAUAUGGUAAGAGGUGAGCAUGAAUUUCGUAGUUCGUACAAGGGUCUUGUGUGGCUAAAAUGGAAAGACAAUCGAGUAGUGUCACUUCUAUCGAAUUUUCAUGAUCCUUCAGUUACGAUAGAUGUCAAUCGACGAAUGAAAGAUGGUUCGACAAAAAUUAUAAGCUGUCCUGAAAUGGUAAAGGAAUAUAAUAAGCACAUGGGCUAUGUCGAUAAGGCGGAUAUGUUGAAAUCCUUAUACGAAGUUGAUAGAAAGUCAAAGAAAUGGUGGCUGCGAAUAGUUUGGCACUUUGUUGAUGUUUGCGUGACAAACGCUUUUAUCAUUUACAAACAAAGUAGCAGCGCAAACAAUCUAUCGCUAAAAAAAUUCAGACUUGCGCUCGUGGAUGGAUUGAUUGGUGGAAGUGUUCCUACGAAAAAAGGCAGGAAACGUUCUUCCGCUGACUGUGCUCAGACAUGUAAGCCACAGGUGUCCCUUGAAAAGAGACAUGCUUCUGCGGCUCACAUGCCUCAAAUGAUCGAGGAAAAGAAAUCGAGACGUUGCACUCAUUGCUCAACUAAAAUCAAUCGAAGAGUCACAAAAUGGAAAUGUAGCACCUGCAAUGUACCUUUGUGUCUCUUACUCGAUCGCAAUUGUUUCGCAGAAUACCACGCUUGA